GGACCUCCUGGCAGUGCGUGUGCGUCCCAGGAAGGUGCUGCACGAGUGAGGAGGGGGGGUCCGCCUGCUAAGCCGUCUCAGGCUCUGGCUCACCACGGCAAUAUGACUGAGAGGCGUGGAAUGGGCGUCCCAUGGACAGGAAGUGUUGCUCCCAGGGGUGGUGCAUCCCAGAGACGCACUGGCGUGGCUUGGGUAAACACUAACAUUCAGAGGGCGAAGGGCAGUACAGGCAGACUCUCGCAUGGGUGCGUGCAAUGGGGUGGGAGGAGCAAGGCAGCACAGCAACCGACUGAGUUCUCAGCACGGCACCAAGCGUGUUCUGCACUGCAUUGGAAGGGUGUCUCUCUCAGAGGUCCAUGUCACAGAG